AUGGGUAUCCGUAUGCCACUAAUCAUUCUAGCAAAACAAAUUCUCCAACGGUCUUUGUCAAAUGGAACGUCUCGCACGUCAACAAUGGAUCUACCAAAAGGGUAUUUUGCAGUUUAUGUUGGGGAACAGGAAAAGAAGCGCUUUGUGAUUCCUGUAUCCUUGUUAAGCCAACCUUCAUUUCAAGAGUUAUUACAUCAGGCUGAGGAAGAGUUUGGAUAUAACCAUCCAAUGGGUGGCCUCACAAUCCCCUGUAGUGAGCACACAUUCUUUGAUCUCGCAAAUCGUCUGGGUGCAUUAUGA